AUGACUGGGCAACUGCGUAGUCCGUGCCUUCCGCGUGUAAGUCUGGCGCGCGCCGUUAGGCCGCAAAUAUAUAUAUAUCCGAAAGCACGGGUGAGUCCUUGGCCCGGCACAAUGAACGCGAUGAUGGAGCGUGUGCGUGGAGAAGUGGCUUGCCGGGUGGCGGAAAACCCCCACGAAGAGGUCAGUCCACUGUCGGAGACCGAGCAGUUUGUAUACUUGACACACUCUGCGUAUCACCGCGAACGCGGCAUAGCUGGUAUCCUGACUAAACCCUAUUCCCUGCGGUUUGCCACCAUUAAGGAACGUCUGGUGAACGAGAGCACGUACGCGCUGCCGCUGCAUAAGCUGGUGUUGCUGCUGCACGGAAAUCGGUCGCACAAGAACUCGAACUUCCAGCCUCAUUUGGCCGAGAGACUCUCGCAGGAGGGUUACUAUGUGCUGCGGAUCGACUUCCGGGGCCUGGGCGACUCCGAGGACUGCGGUAAUCCGGCGGUUGGACGCACGCUGGAGCAAGAUGUGGAAGAUAUCUCUACUGUGUACGAGUUUGCCGCCAGCGACGCGUGCGUGGAACUGGUGGGGCACGCACUAACGCUCGAUACGAUUGUCGCGCACUCCAGGGGCGUGCUCUCGAUGUUCGAGUUCGCCCUGCGGCAUCCCGUGCGCAACCUGGUCAACUGCUGUGGCCGCUUCGAGGCGACUGGCUGGCUGGAGCGCGUGAUGCGCACGUACCCGAACUUCUCUGCAGACAAGGGCAUUCCCUGCGUUGCGUUAAGACACGGCGAACGGCAGGAGAUCUGGUUGCCGGAACCUGAGGUGCUCAGCGUUGCGACCACACAGAUAGACCGCUACGCCAACAUUGAUGUGCAAACGUGGGUCGUGUCGAUCUACGGCACUGCCGAUGCUGUGAUUCCGCUGACGGCGGCUGGCAACUUUGCAAACAUGUUCCGCGGGCGCCACACGCUAGAGAUCGUGGUAGGGGCUGGCCACGACUUCUACGGGUUGCCUGAUGAUGAAAACCUCAUGGAGCUGCCCACCAAAAAGGGUCGGGUCUGCUACCACUCGGUUCUGGCCAGUAAGGUGGUCCUGCACCUCCGCAACAAGAACCAAGCGGAGCAGUUCCACAGCCUCAACCGCACGCUCGAAAUCCCAACCCGCCCCGGCGUCCUGCUUCCCCGGUGGCCGCUGCCGCACGACUUCUCGCGUAUCUCCAACUUUCGCGAUCUUGGAGGCUACAUGACUGCAUCCGGCCGCCGCGUCAGGCACGGAAUCCUCUACCGCUGUGCGAACCCCUGCGAUGUCACGCCCGAGGCCUUGCAGUACAUGAAGGACGUCCUCCAGAUAGCGCAGGUCUUCGACCUGCGUGCCACCGCCGAGGCUGCAGAAGCCGGUAUCCUGUCCGGCAUCCCGGUAUGCAGUGUUCCGUUCAACAAGAACAUGUCGAUGUCGCCCGAGGAGGUCGCGCGCCACUACCAGGAUAUCUUUAUUUCUACCCACAACAUCCCGGCCGCGUACGAGGGCAUCCUUGAGAACAGUGUCGAGAGCAUCGGACGCUUUUUCCGCGCCAUUGUCGACGGCACCGUCGGCCGCGGCCGCGCCGCCAUCUUCCACUGCGCCGUGGGCAAGGACCGCACCGGUAUCCUGGCCAUGCUCGUGCUCGGCCUGCUCGGCGUCGACGCAGACACUAUCGCCCAUGAGUACGAGCUCACCACUAUUGGUAUCACCACCGAAAAGAAGAUCUACGACCUGCUAGCCGCCUCCAGCAGCAAGUUCUACGAUAUCAUGGGCCCCGCAGGCCGCACCAUCGCCCGCGAAUACCAGCUCACGCAGACGAAGAUCCGCGACAACAUUCUCGCCUCGCCGUACGAGGCCAUGCGCGUUUUCAUCGACCGGUUCCUCGCCAUCCACGGCUCUUUCUCAGCCUACUUCGAGUCCAAGCUGGGCUUGCAGCCCGAAGACAUCAAGCUGAUCCGCCACCAGCUGCUCGAGUAG